AUGUGUUCCUCACAGUAUCCCGCAGAGCCUUCAACACCAAUAGUGUUACAGCGACAAAAAAAACAACACAUCCUACAGUUAACAGCAAGCUGUAAUCUGAACUUUCACAGUCAAUGGCCGACGGGGUACAUUGCCCAUAACAACUUCUGUUACCUUUUUGGAACAAUCUCAAUGUCUUGGAAUAAUGCAAAGAAUUAUUGUACAGGUCACUGUGGUUCCCUUAUUGACUUUGUUUCGGACAAUGAAAUGGACCAUACAAUGCGUUACUUUCUACAUUAUGGUCCUGGUCAUUUGCAUAUUGAUGGUAGUUAUUGGUCAGCGGCAACAACACAUCUUGGAAGUAUUUGGGUAUGGGAUAGCACGGGUAAUCAUUUGACCUCUGACUUUACCCAUGAUUUAGGUACUGCACGAUUAGGACAAUGUGGAAGUGUGCAUUAUCAUUUGGAGUCCACUUCAUGUGCUUCCAGAUUUCUGCCAGCUUGUAAAACGACAAUACGUUCUGGAUAA